AUGUCUGGAAGAAACUGCAAGAAGAUCCUCAUAUUGGGCGCUACAGGCCAGACGGGUAUCUUGACAGUUCAGACAGCAUUGGAACAUAACCAUAUCGUCACCAUAUAUGCUCGGAAUCCUUCCAAACUCCCUACAAAUAUUGCGCAUCACCCGAACAUCAAAAUCAUCCGUGGAGACCUGACCGACGCAGAAGCGUUAUCCAAAGCAGUCGAAGGCCAAGAUGCGAUUGUAUCAUUACUUGGCCCGACUGGGAAUGUUACGGGUACCCCCUUCACAGAUGCCUAUCAUUUGAUUUUUUCCUUGAUGAAGCGAUGGGGAGUCAAGCGAAUCCUGGCAAUGGGCACUGCAAGCAUCCCUGACGAGCAAGACGGGUUCUCAAUCGUCGCCUUCUUAGGUGUCACUUUAAUUCGAAUAAUCGUCAAUUCCGCCUACAAGGAUAUUGUUAGCGUUGGAAAACUCUUUAAUACAGAGGCUACGAAUGACGGAUUGGAUUGGACUAUCUUCCGGUUGGGAUUCUUGGCUAAUGGUGCACCGCAAUCAUCUAAAGCUGGAUAUGUCGGGAAGAAUGGUUGGGUGUUGAAGAACCAAAGAGCGGAUAUUGCAACUUGGUUAGUGGACGAGGUUGAGAAGGAUAACUCUGAGUGGAUCAAAAAGAUGCCCGCAAUCUGGUCGUGA